UCGACGCGGUCCUGGUCGCUUUGGAGCCCACGCGGCGGCAAGGACUGAAAUUUCCCGGCUUGUCAGCUCGUGCUGUGUUUCCUGCCCAUAGUUUAUGAAAAGGAAAUGUCCAGUUGUUGGAUUUGGAUGUUCAUCUUGCUCUGUGGAAGUUCUAUAGCAGAUGAAAACUCUAUCAGAGAUGCUGACAUUUUUCCUUCAUCUCCUGAAAUUGAAAGAGGAUCCACCCUGAAGCUUUUUUGUGUUCUUGGAAAACACUAUACGCCUCAAAGAAAUGCAAGCCACAUCAUCUGGAAAUUGAAUCAUGAAUUGAUUGCUCAGGAAAAUUAUAACAUUGUGAAUGAGACUGUAUCUAGUGUAAUCAUCCACAAUUUCACUCACAACAAAGCACAUGUGAAAUGUUUCAUCAAGUACUUAGGCAAAGAACAACUUUUGGUUCACACUGAAGUUAAGUCUGGCUUUCCACCAGACACACCAGGAAAUAUUUCUUGCAUUUAUUACCUUAACGUUGAACUUACCUGCAACUGGACUUCGGGAAGAGAAACAAAUCUUACGACGAUCUAUACUCUUUACAGAAAAAUUAAGAAUAAAUUGCCGGACUCAGAGCUCUCCAGCUGCCGAAGCAAAACCGAGUCAUGCUCAUUUCGUCACCCAAAUACUCCGUUUAGUAAUUCUUUUUGUUUUCAAGUGAAAGCUCAAAAUGUUUUGGGUGAAGCUUCAUCAGAGUGUGUUCCUAUAGCUAUGGAAAACAUAGAGAAAUUUGAACCUCCUGAAAUACUUUCCAUAAAAAAAAUUGCAGGUAUAAAGCAGUUGCUUACAGUAACCUGGAAAAUACCUGAGGAUAUUGUACGUGCACAAUAUUUAAAUUGCCAGGUUCGAUAUAGAAACUUGUAUUCAAACUCUUCGGAAAUUGACACUGUCGCAGUAACUUCUGAAGAGAAAGUAGUAUCACUUAAUCUCACAGGUCUGUGGGACUCCACGGAGUAUUCAGUUGCCGUUCGGUGUAUUGGUGUUGAAUCAAAAUUCUGGAGCGAAUGGUGUAGAGAGGAAACAGCAAGCACAGAGGACAAAGCUCCCUCAGAAAAAGUGGAUUUGUGGAGAAUAAUUGAAUCUUCACACCCAGCUGGAAAUAGAGCUGUACAUCUUAUGUGGAAGCUGCUAAGCAACAUUCCACCCCCUGGGAGAAUACUAGGCUACAAAAUACAGUAUUUUCCAGAAAACAAUGCUGCACUUCAAAAGACAAACAUCACUACCAAUAAGAAAAUUGUAUUACCUUUAAAUGAAGAGGCACAUAUAAUAUCUGUUACUGCCUAUAAUUCUGCUGGAAAUUCUCCUGCAGCUAUUUUGAGGAUUCCAUCCACUGAUGAAAAACCUCCUGAGAUUAUUGAAACAGUGAGGACCUUUACAACAAAUGAAGAAAUGAUUGUGGAAUGGAUACCCUCUGAACCAGAAGUAACUGAAUAUGUAGUUGAGUGGUAUGAGGAGCUGGAGACAGAUCCUUUUAGUAGAUCAUGGCAGUAUAUAUCAAAUUCUACAAAGUGGAAAGCUAACAAAAAAAUCUUUAAACCAUUUGUAUGCUAUAACAUGUCGGUGUAUCCUCUUUAUGGCAAUAAAGUAGCAGCUCCAUAUUCCAUACAAACUUAUGUUCAAGAAAAAGAGCCAUCAGAAGGUCCUGUGGCUGAUACGGAUGUUCUAGGCAAAAAUGAAGUUGUAAUAAAAUGGAAGGAGAUUUCAAAAGAUAAAAGAAAUGGCUUUAUCACUAACUACACAAUAUUUUAUAAACCUGAAGGUGGAAAAGAAAUGAAUGAAACGGUGAACUCUGAUGUUCUGCACCACAGAUUGAAGUCCUUACAGGCUAAUACACAAUAUACUGUCCAUAUCAUGGCAAGCAAUAGAGCUGGUGGAACAAGUGGAGAGCCAAAAACCUUCAAGACUUUGAAAUUCAAUAAAGAAGACAUUAUUGUCAUUGCUAUACCUGUUGGAUCAGGCAUGUUCUUUCUAUUAGGCCUUUGGAUAACAUGCAUUUUGAAAAAACACACGUUUAAAAAGGUUUGCUGGCCUGAUAUACCCAAUCCUGCAGAGAGCAUUGCUGUGGAAUGGCCUCUUGAUGCAUCCAUGAACAAUUCGUUUUUGAAGGGAGUGACAUAUGAGGAUAAAACCUUAGGCCUGGAGGACGUAAGUGUUUUGGAAGAUUGCUUUCCUGAAGAAGAUCAUGAAGGAUUAUUGCUAAUGAACUGUGAGAAACAUGUUUCUGAGUGUGCUGAUACUAUUGCAAAAGGCGUACAAAAUAUCACCGAACACAAAAUAACUUUGUUAAAUGGAGACAAAAAGAUACUGUAUAAUGAAGAACAUGAAGUAGCUAAAUGCCUUUCACCAUCCAUGCCUUAUGUAAUUACUGGUGAAGAUUUCAGAAAUCAAAUGCAUUCAGCUUUGAUACCAGCCAAGAAAAUCCAACCCAUAGAAAUGCUGGAAGACGAUUUACGUGAAACCGAAGUGAUUUCAGUUGAAAAUGAAGAAAGUGAUAAUGAAGAAGCUUUAAAGCUUGAAGAUUUCAGUGAAAAAACAUUGUUCAACCCAUACCUUAGAAAUUCUGUUAAAACAAGGGAAUUUCUCAUUUCUGAGAACUUGCCAGAACAUAGUAAGAAUGAACCCAAGAAACAGCCAACUGUUUUACCUGCUUUUCAACAAAAUGCUGUAGGACAAUCCUAUAUAACACUGGACGUGGUUGGGCUGGCCACAGCUCAUUAGCAGGAGAAAACUUCCCUUGUACAGUCCCAUCUGGGCAGUGCUGCUUUUAUAUAUUCAUAUAUUCUAACCUGGAUGAUCAUGGUUACUUUGGAUGAAAUUACCCCAUUUCUUUGAACAGCUGUGAAGUAAUCAGUGCACUGUUGAGGUUUUAGUGUUGUAGUGGUUUUUUUAUUUUUAUUUUUUUUUAACCAUGUAGAUGUGUCAGUAGUGAGGCAAAGGAGGUAAGGUAACUUCUUUUCUUAGUUCUUAGUUGUUAAUUUUGAUUUCCACUGUGACAACAUCCAGCACUGCAAAUUUCUCACUGAUUUCCCCCCCGUGCAAUGACUGAGCACUGUUAGGGCAAUGUGCGCAGACUUGAGGAGAGCCAGCAGUUGCCAAAUACUUACUUAAGUUACAUGAAGUAGAACUACUUUACUAUUUUUAUGUCCCCUCCCCCUUGUUUUUUAUCUGGUUUUAUGGGUAGUGUUCCUCCUGUUUUGCAAGUAGUUGGCAGACUUGAGUAAUCAUCUUUUUGCAUCCUGACUUUUGAAUCAGCAGUUUGGCUCAUAGUUUCUCUGUCUUUAAUGAGGGGCUAUGUUGUGUAUAUGCUAUUGAUUUAUCAGCAUUUUGGAAAAGAUAGGGUUAUGUUGGCUUGCUGCCUUCCCUUUCUCUUGUUUUAAUCACACUCCGUAUUUUGUGCUACUUCUGUGUUUCCUGCUUAUUCGCUUUUUUUUUUUUUUUUUACUGUAUCUUAUCUUCUUGUUACUGUGCCCUAAAUUUCUCCAGUUUUAAAACUCUUUUUCCCAGCUGAAGUUUUGGAAUUUCAAUCUGGAAAAAAAAAUCAGCUAAAUAUUGCAUCUUCUGUUAGAAUAAGCACUGAAUUUAUAUUUAGGAAAAUAUUUUUCUGAGAGGUAUUGGAAAAAACACCAAAUCUACAAGAUAUACAUAAAUAUCCUCUGAUAACUGAUUUAGGUUUAAAGAUUUCUACAAGCAGGCUGUGACUUCUGUCUUUUGUUUUAUGAUUCUGAUAAGUCAAAACCACUUACAGUUUUGAUCUUAAAUAGGCAGCAAAAGUCUUAGGCAGGAAACUCCAAGUUAUUAUUAUUUUUUUUUCAGCAGGAAAGAGGCUACCACUGUAAAGUUCUUACUGAAAUAUUCUAUUAAAUGAUAGGUUAAAAAGAAAAUAUGGAGUCAACUCUAAAUAAAAAUGUUUAAAAGGUGUUUGGUGUGACAUUUGUGGCAAAUAUAGUCACUCAAAGACUUUAAACUAUUUUGGAAGUAUUUAAAGGCUUGAUAUUAUCACUCUUGUGCAUAACUGUGGACUUCUUUAGGGGGAGAAAAAGAACAGGAGUAGUGGGGAUGGAAAAAGGAGACAAAUGAGAGUAGGCAUAGAAAGCCUUCCCUGUGUAGAAAGAGGAGUGGGAGGCUUAUGCCCUGCAAAUUAUUAAUAGGUGUAUCUUCUUCACUUACUGGAUUUUUAGCUAAAUUAAACAUUCUGUGUUUUGUUAGUAGAGUUAACCUUUACCUCCCCAGUGUUUAAAAUUAUUUGAAUAGAAAUCCCACAAACCUAAAUAGAUUAACCUAAUGACAAAAUUAGCACAUUCCAUAACCUAUGAUAUUUCUGUGUUCCUUGUGUCCUAUAAAAUCCCCUAAAUAGGGAAAAAUAAUUGCACUGGUAGUUAAUGCAGGGGAGAGAAGGAAUCUUUCUUCCUCCAGCUAGCAUAACUGUUUGGUGCCUGCUCCUCCACAGAUAUGUGAUUGCUGCUGAACAGCUGCUGUAGGUAAUGAGCAAGUGGUCUGUCCCAGAUAAUGCUGUUAGGAUGGCGUUUCUCUCGCCACACUGCAUAUUUCAUUACAAAUAACAUACUAUCUUUUACUAUUUCUGAAAAAUGAAUUUAUUAUGAAUAGAUUUCUCUUUUUGAGAUAGCUGAUGACCUCUUGAGGUAGAUGUUUCAACUUGUGUUCACAAGUGAGAACACAAGUUCACAAGUUGUUCAGAAGCAUUUCAUUGCUAGUCCAAGUUUGGUAUCUCCUGCAGCAGAGGUAAAUGCUUGCAUGCAACAGAGCCCUAAUACGAGCACAGUGUACGUGGGGGGCUGUCAGCUUCUGUUCGUGGCUCAGCAGAUGAGUCCAUGUCACCCUUGCAUAGUCAUUUCAACAAUUUCCUGCUUUCUUUCUUUUCUCUGUUUUUUUUGCACAGGGAUGCGAUUAGGCUCCAAGCUUGUAGGUAGCUUUAAGGUUUAACACUGGAAGAUGCACUCCAGUUAUAAUCCACCCUGCUGAUGUUAGUUAUUCCUCAGGGCAGACAGGACUUGAGAAUUUAAUACCAUUUGAAAUUUGAUCCUGUUACAGGCUUCUUACAGGUACAGCUCACCUUAAAUUACUUGUGUGGACAUUUUGAUUCCUCCCCCCUUUUUAUCUCCCUAAAGGUUAUUUGAGUUUCAGACCAAGAAGCUACAUAAAGAGAGCUGCUGCUUUAUGCAUAUACACCUGUCUUCACCAAAUAGGCUUGUAUAAA